UCAGCAUCGUAAAAUGGGUAAUCCUGGUUGGUUAUUAAUAGAUUCUUUGGAAAAUUAGGUAGCCUUUCUUUAUGCACGGGUUUUGGUUUAACAUAGCCGGGUGGUAAAAUCUUAGGAUGCUUGGCGGUCGCCUUUGGCUCCAAGUCCGCAUUGCUGUACAUUCUUUCGCCGUUGAAGUAAAUCCCAUCGGGUCUUCUUUCGAACUUACUAGGGUCUGCAUGUGGAAACAUCUUCCUAAAUGCUCUCCAAUUCCAGUAAUCUCGGUUGUCAUGAUGUGGCUGCUCCUCAAUAUCAUUCCCAAAAGCGUCGUACAUUAGUAUAUAUAAUAGAUGUUAUACCAUCAGCACCUCCACUUUAUCCUGAACUUCCUAAGGAACCUAACGAAAUGAAUGCCAAAAACUUCAGGCUCAAUAAAGCAAAUUUAAUCCUGGCUUACUUGGAAGGGCAGACAAAACACUACGAAAAAGUUAGGAAGAAAUACGUCAGAGCCCGGAGUACGCUACAUAAGAUUGCGAUAACUUCAGGAUCCAUAUCUGUUGUGUUAAAGGGCUCCGGCGUUGCUACUUCGCUUGCUGGGCUGGGAAUAAUUGUUGGAGUUCCUUUGGCCGGUGUUGGGGCAGCCUGUGGUAUUAUUUCUGCUGUCGCUACGGGUAUUAUGAAAAAGCUAUCCACGAAAAUAUCCAAGCAUGACACGACAAUAGCUCUGUCUAGGGCUAAAGUAAAUACGAUCACUGACCUUGUCUCAAAGGCUUUGCGUGACAGAAAGAUAGACGACAUAGAAUUCUCGCUUAUUCUGGCCGAAGAAGACAAAUACGAGAAACUAAAAACGGACAUGAGGAAUAAAAAAACAGUCGUAAAAGAUCUUUCCGAGGAAUCUCGCAAAAAGAUCUACCAAGAAGCGAAAGAGGAGCUUCAAAGAAAGCUUGCUCAGUAAACAUCUGCUUUGAAAAAAGC